AUGACGUUCAACCCUAGCGGAAACAUCGAGCUGGGCUCGGAGCUGUCAGAUGUCUUUACGGAUGAUGUCGGUUUCAAAGGCGUCUCUGGUGAUAGCAACGUUCAGCUCCUCCCAACUCCUUGGCCUUCCGAUGCCCUUCCGGCCCCUUUCUGCUCGCUUUUAGCUAUCGCAUCCACGAAAGGCGUUGUAGUUGGUGCUGGCCCGGAUUCGCUCGCCGUAGCUAGCUCCGAAUCCGUGCGAAAGGCUAUUUCCGCCCCGACCGGAGAAGAAAAGAUCAAGACCAAACAGUUCCAACCGCAGUUCACGAUCCCUUUGCCGGGGCGACCUACACAUGUAGCCUUCGCAUCAGGUGACAGUGCCCUGGUGUUGACGACGGAAAAUGGAGCACAAUUGUCAGUUUUCGAGACGUCGGGUUUAUUGCAAGGGAAUGCGCAACCGGCCUUGUCUGUCCCGACGAACGGCGCCACCUUCCGGGCCGUUGUGCCUAACCCCAGCCCGGCCGGUGACGCCCACUCGACGCUUGUUGCUCUCGUCACUGUGAAUGGUGAGCUUCUUAUGGCGGACCUGAAAGGGGGUAAUCUUGUUGCGGGGCCUAAUGGUCCGGUUCUGAAGAAUGGGGUCAGUUCGGUUUGCUGGAGUAAUAAGGGCAAGCAGCUGGUUGCCGGCCUUGCGGACGGGACUGGAUAUCAGAUGGCCCCGGAUGGUGCGCAGAAGGAUGUUAUCCCGCGUCCUCCUGACCUCGAAGGGGAAUGCCACAUUUCUUCUAUCGCAUGGCUUGAAAACGACAUCUUUUUAAUGGUCUACACACCUAAUGCAGCCGAAGAUGAUAUGGGGCAGAACCCACCAUCAUCUUACUAUAUCAUCACACGACGGAAGCAAGGUCCAUUCUUGAUUCAGAAAAUGCCGGAGUUAUGCGGACCCUUUGGUUUUAAGCGCACGCCGGCCUACCAGUUCAUUGCACGCCUGAGAGAUUACAAACCACACCUGAAAGAUGUCCUUGUCAUCUCUUCUACUGCGUCUACCGACGUGGGUCUUAUUACCCGGGCUGACAAGGCGUUGUCGAACGAUGAAUCUGCCCAGGGUACCGUGAACCUUUUUACGACUACCGAAGUUAGCGAUGAUGUAAAGCGAGCAUCCCUUCCGUUGAAAGAUUCUGUUGAGGAAACCUCGGUGAUCGGUUUGGGUAUUGACCUCACCAGUACGGAGAAGGUCGUGUCGCCCAUUCAAGGUGAAGACAUUCUCGAGAGCUCUACACCUUUACCAAACAUCCUACUCCUUAACAACGACGGUAUUCUUUGUUCUUGGUGGUUCAUCUACUCGGAUGCCAUCCGUCAGAACAUUCCUUACCAAGGACUGGCUCCUGCCGGCUCACAACAACAAGCCGCACCACUGCAACCGCAACCACAAGCUCAGCCUCAACCUACAGCUCAGCCUGCAUUUGGACAGUCAGGGUUCGGCAGCCCGUCUGCUCUAAGUGCCAACCCAUUUGGAAAGCCCUCUGGGACGCCGGGUUUCGGUAGUCCCUCGCCUCUGGGCGGCGGUAGCCAAGGUUCUGCUUUUGGGAAGCCCUCAUUCGGAACGCCGUCGGGUAUUGGAGGAAAUCCCUUUGGCCAGCCUAGCGCCAUAGGACAAGGGACACCACAAUUCGGAAAAACUGGACUCGGCUCGACGCCUACAUUUGGCCAGCCGUCUGGAUUCGGUCAGCCGUCGUCAUUUGGCCAGCCAUCGACUCCUGGCAAAAGUCUUGGUUCUCUUGGAAUCACUGCUAGUUCUGGUGGAGGAUUUGGCUCGUUUGCUAAUGCUGGUGCUGGUGGUGGGUUUGCUAGCUUUGCUGCCGCAAAGCCGGGAGAAUCUCCUUUUGGCAAACCAGCGGCCGCAUCGCCAUUUGGCCAAACUGCGAGCCAAUCUCCUUUUGCUAGCGCAGCGGGAGCAUCUUCAUUUGGCAAGCUGGCGACGGGUGAAAGUCCGUUCGCACAGCUUUCUGGUCCGUCUGCCUUUGGACAGCCGGAUACAAAAACGGCUUUCCCCCCACCCAGCACGGACGCAGCGAAGGGCCCAAUGGGCCUGGGCACAGGCGGCUUCCAACUUGGCUCUACAUUCAAGGGCGACGGUACUGCCGUAAACGAUGCUCCCAAGCCUGAGAAGCCUUCUGGCGGUGGAAUGUUCAAUUUAGGCACAUCAUUCGACGAGAUGGUGUCAGCACCUGACAAGACUAGCCCUCCUGCCGAAUCGAUGGACGACAGGGAUGAUGUGCCGGCGGAACAACCAGAGCCUGCCAAGCCAGCUGCACUACAACCAGCGCCCUCCUUGUUCGGCCAGCCAUCUGCACCAGCGGCACCAUCCAUUUUCAAUGCCCCAAAGCCAUCCGAACCAGCACCAGCACAAACCAGCAAGUCUCCAUUCUCACUUUUCGGACCUGGUGUUACCCAAAACAAGCCUGCCAGCCCCAGCCCCUUUUCUCCCCUGUCCGAGAAGACAGCAACACCCAAGAAGGAAUCGCCAAAGGAAACUCCAGUGGGCACACCAGCAGGAGAGCCACCAUUACCUCCUGAUCCUACAAGCAGAGCAGUCUAUGGACCGGGGGAUACGUCUGCUUCAUCGAAUGUGUCCAAGGAUUCGGCGGACGAGGCACCUCUGCCGCCAGAUUUUGCCGCGAAACCCAAGCCAACUCCUAAGGAAGAAGCUCCGCUGCCACCUGAUUUCAGUGCCAAGCCCAAGGCAUCAGAAAUCAAGAAAGAGGCGGAGGAGGCACCGUUGCCUCCUGAGCCAGCCACUCCUGCUUCUGUAGCAGGCCCUGCGGAGGGUGCAGAGGAAAGUCCUAUUCCCGACGAGUCUGAUGCAGACGAGGAAGAGGAAGCGGGGUCUGAAAGAGAAGGAGACGAAGAGGACGAAGAGGAUGAAGAAGAUGAAGAGGAACAGCGAGGGGAAGAAGAAGAAGAAGGAGAAGAAGAAGGUGAUGAGGAGGGAGAGGAAUCAGAUUUCGCUGACAGUGGGGAAGACGUGACUCACGACAUCAGCCAAACCGAUUUCCAAAGCCCGAAGGCCUCGCUGGAAAGCUCCUUCGAAGAGAAGAGCCCCGCGGGUGGAUUGUUUACCAGGAUUUCGAGACCAGAUGAGCAGAAGCCACUUUCUAAAGGCCUAUUUGGAGAGAUCAACAAACAACCCUUCUUCCCGCCCAGAUCUCAAGCCAAGAUUGGAUCCCCACGGUCACCCAGCCCGAUGCGCGCCGGCGCCCAUAAAGGACCAUCUAAACUUGAUAGCUAUAAGCCUUCUGGUCCUCCUAAGGGCCCUGGAGAUGCUCUUGCUUCUCGGAAGGCAGCGCUUAAAGAGUCUAACCAACGAAGACCUAAUGCUGCUGAGCUCGCUGCCCGAGAAGAGCAGGCCCGCUUGCAGGCCGAGGCGCAGCGCCAGGAAGAAGAAGCGCAGGCUCUCUCUGAUGACGAUGAAGAUGAACGACUUCGUGCAGACCUUGCUCAGCCCUUGGAGCCAGUGCCUACCCUUGACCCCUUCUUGCCCCACCACGACUACUCCGGCGAGACGGCCAAGCCUGGUAUUCCCGGACAGAUUGAGAGACUGUACCGUGAUAUCAACUCCAUGGUGGAUACUUUAGGAAUCAACGCUCGCUCGCUGGCUUCGUUCUUGUUGUAUCAGAAGGAGCCGCAGGAUGAUUCGAACUGGAUCGAGACGCUCAAGGGCGACAACCCCGCCGCUGUCCUGGAUGAGAAGCUCCCUCUCUCUCAGAUCGAGGAACUUGAUAACGCGGUCGUAAUGUUGGCCGGGUCCCUUCAACAGCAACGGGUGCAGGGUGUAGAGAAGAAACUGGACAGCUGCAGAGAACUCCUAGGAAAAGACAUCGUGGCUUUGCGGAGACAGUGUGCAAGCAUCCGAAAGACUCUCGAUGCACACGUCGACACCGCAGCCAUCCUCUCUGCACCUCUCUCCGCCGAACAAGCCAAUCUCCAACAAGAUCUACGAACAGCGUCCACCGACCUCCAGGCCAGGUUAGCCGACCUGGAAGGAGGAGUAUCCCUCCUACGCGCUAAAAUCGCCGACGCCCCUCGCGCUGACGGCGCCUCCCCCGCGAAACGCCCAACUGUUGAGGCCGUCACCUCCACCAUCGCCACGAUGAUGAACAUGGCCGAGAGCAAGAGCGGUGAUAUCGACGUCCUCGAAGUUCAGCUCAAGAAACUGGGAAUCGACACUACUGCAGCUUCCGCCAGCCGCAGCCGCGAGGGAUCACCAUUCACGACACCCAGGAAGGGCAUGCGGAAUUUCCCCACUACACCGGGUUCUCGGGGAUCUCUGGACGGAAGUUUCAGCGCUUAUCAUACGCCUGACUCUGCGUCGCGGGGCGUUAACUUCCGCUCCAGCAUCAACGGAUCUGCACGAGUCAGCAGGCUUCGUAAUGUUGAGGGUGUUGACGCAGGUGCUGGGGAUCUGGUUGGUAAGCAAGAGAGUGAGCGGUGGAAAGCCAAGAAUACUCGCAGACAACAUCUCGUGAGGAAUUUGAAGAAGGCCAUUGGCGAGAAGAAGGAGAAAGUGAGAGGCGUGGAGGACAUGUAG